AUGGAGUACGAGUACGCCGAGGACCCGUCCCAGGCGCCCGAGACGACCUCUGAGGGCGUGACACCGGCGCCGCCGAUUGUCGAUGAGGAAGAGCUCAUAGCUGCUGCUGCGGCCGCCGAAGCAGCCGCCGCCGCCGGCCAGCCUGGGGGCGCCUUCCAAAACGUCGGCCAGGGUCUUAAGGGCAAGUACCGCGAUAUGAUGAUGCAGUACUGGCAGGAAACGAUCAACCUGAUUGAACACGACGACCACGACUUCAAGAACCACCAGCUCCCGCUUGCCCGGAUCAAAAAAGUUAUGAAGACCGACGAAGACGUGCGUAUGAUCAGCGCCGAGGCGCCCAUCCUCUUUGCCAAAGGAUGUGACAUUUUUAUCACUGAGCUCACAAUGAGAGCGUGGAUCCACGCCGAGGAAAACAAGCGGCGAACGCUUCAGAAGCUGGAUAUCGCCGCGGCGCUCACCAAGCUGGAUAUGUUUGACUUCUUGAUCGACGUGGUGCCGCGAGAGGAAGAAAAACCUAAGAAGUACCCGCUGGCACCGGCGCCUUCGGGGCGCUAUUACGACGGCUACGACUACCAACAACAAGGAGCAGCGCUGCUUCCAGCGGGGGCGCUGACAGGAGCCCCGACAGCGGCGCCACCCCCCGGUGACGGUGCCCUUGACGACAACGGUGCCCCUCCCGACCCCACUAUUGCUGCCCCGCCACCAAACACGAUGGCGCCGCUUGACGAGUCUCACGACCCAACGCUCCACCAGGAUCAGGUCGAGCGCGGCGACACCGCCAUCAAAAAAGAAGUGUAUGAGGAGUACGCCGAGCCCGGGUACGAUCAGGAGUACCAGUAA